CAGUGAUGUCAGUACCAGGGGUGGACUGACCAUUUUGGAAACUCAGGCACUGCCCGAGGGCCUGGGGUCAGUAGGGGGCCCCAUGAGAUGCCCCUGGUACCUUUUUCAUAGGCUUUUUUAAAUUUGGGCAAGGACACAGGGGCCCCAUGAUCCCCUAUUGCCCGGGGGCCCCAUGAGUUGCCAGUCCGCCCCUGGUCAGUACUCCCCCCUCCAUACACACAGUGAUGUCAGUAUCCUCCCCCCCCCCAUCCAUACACAGAUCCCCCCCCCAUACACAGUGAUGUCAGUA